AAAAGGGCCAUGAAUGGCGAAGCAAAUGGCAGGAAAGGAAGCGCCUUCCCGCUGUUUUGUUUAGCCGCGGUGGUGUCCUAUAUACAAGCCUGAUCGAUUUGAGAAAAACUUACGAGUUUUCUCGGUUUGGUUGCAUGCCUGUGGAUUAGCCUGCGUCGUGGCGGAUUGAACGUGGGCUUUUCUGGGUUUUGUUUGGGCUUUUCUCUUCUUCGUCCGAUCGUGAAGUAGAAUGUGGAAAGGAGGGAGCUUUGGUGUCGCUGAACUCUUUGGUUGCAUGCUCGUGCAUUAGCCCGCGUCGUGGUGGCUUGAAACGUUGACUGAGGAACUUGAUUCUGGGAAAGGGUCCAAGUACCAAUUUGUCCAAUGAACAUGGAUAAUAAAUCAGUGAUCAAGACUUCUGAGACAACAAGUGCAGCGACGCAAUCUAUUUCAGAUCCUGUGCUGCAGUCCAUGCAUGCCAUAGCUUGGCAGCAAUAUGAAUUUGAACAAUCACUAUUGAGUCGGCAGCUGUGGUCUCAGCAGCAAGCUGCUUCCAUGGAAGUGAGCAUCAAAGCAGUUGCUUUACAAGCUGUGGUACAGGCCAAUGGGAUAAGCCACGUCUUGAAAGGGGGAAACAAUAUUUCCAAGGAGGAGGCAGUUAAGGAAAUCCAGUCUGAUAGGGUUAUUGAAGAACUCAAGUCGAGCCGAAAGGCCCCAUCUUGGCAUUCUUCAGCAUCGAAAUUGACAUCUGGCUCUCCUAUGGGGCAUAAGAAUGACCUGAAGGAAGCAGAAACCUGGCCUGCUGAAGGCUGUACCAGUGAAAGUCAUUAUAAAGACGAUCAUUUGGACCAUAAAGAUACUUACCAAGAAACCCAUGGAUCUAGAGAUAGGAGAAAUUGCUCGUCUGAUUACAGGAGUCAUCGGCUGCAUCGUCACAGAAGCAGGAGCAGGAGCAAGAGCCGGGUCAGAAGCAGAAGCAGGAGGAGGAGUAGGAGCAGAUAUGUGUCUAGAUCACCACCCAAGAAGUACAACAAAGGUAGGAGCAGAAGCAGGACCAGGACUUGGAGCAGAUAUAGGUCCAGAUCUCCGCCCAAGAAGCACAGCAGAGAUGAAUAUUAUUCUCAUGGGCCUGAAGAUCUCAAGCCUAAGUCAACUUGCCAUCAACAGGAAACGCAUCACACAUCUUCAGGUGGUCAAACCAAGUCAGGUAAUUCUCAUUGUGAUAAUUGUGUCCAGACUCUUCCAGCAACCCCUUGGAAUUGUUCCAGUGAGCAGGAAAAGAAAGAUCUAUUAACCAAAGACGCUGAUGCUCAUGGAGUUGGCAAAGGUGGAAAUGAUACAUGGGAAGCGUGGCCUCGUGAGAAAUGCAUAUGAUUGUUCUGUUCAGGUGCACAACAUUUUCAGAGUCUUGACAGUCAUAUAAGGUUAGUCAAACCUCAGCAGGAUGCGGUUAAUUCAUGGGCUUUGGACAUGUGAAAAUGAUGAAUGGGCAAGAUUAAGAUUUGGGGGCAUAUUUGCGUCUGACUCGAGAGACCCCUUUUAUCUUUCUAUAUUUCCUUUCAUUUGAGCAAUUUGGUAGAUUCUUUAAGCAGUCUUUUCUCACAAACUGUCGAAUUAUGCAUUUACCAUGCAUGGUGAUGCUGAUGAAUAAUGGUUUCAAGCGUGGAGGAUAUAUUUAUUUUCCCAUGAGGUCGAGGAACCCUUCAUUGCCAUCGUCCAUGUGUGGCUAUUUGACCAAGAUUCUGAGUUUUCAACCUACCAGAAGGCAUACCCUUUUACAACUUCAUUUAUUCAAAGCCUCUUGC